ACUACAGGACUAUGCUGCUUGCAGAGGCUCUGCUGGAAGAAUGUUUGAAGGAAAACUUUGCCAAACUGAAGGACUCCAUUCCACUGACAGAGAAGAAUGAGCCAAAACUGGGUGAAGCUAAACAGUAUUUGACCAAUAUCUUAAGCAGAGGAAAACUACGACCUAAGCAUAUGACAGAAGCUAUGCUGAUCCUAGGAAAGCUUCAUUAUGUGGAGGGAUCCUACAGAGAUGCCAUCAGCAUGUACGCAAGAGCAGGAAUUGAUGACCUCUCGACAAAAGAUGAACCUCUGUACCUGCUGCGUUUGGUAACUGAAGCCUUUGUUAUUAAAGGUCUGUCACUGGAGCGCUCAACCAACUCAAUUGCCUCACAUGCUCGACUGUGUGAAAGGGAGGAGGAAGUCAUGGCUUGUUUUGAGAGAGCGUGUAUCACUGCCCAGGUAUACUUGCAGGAGCUUGAAAAGACCUUAAACAACACACAUUCAAGGAGUAUCAAGGGCAGCAAUGUGACUUACUCCGAGUUUGAACUCUCCUACUUCCUGGAAGCAGCUCUUCAGAGUGCCUAUGUGACUCAUUUAAAGAAGGGGAAUAUUGUGAAAGGAAUGAGGAGUCUGCGAGAAAUACUGCGGACUGUGGAAACUAAAGCUACUCAGACCUUCAAAAUGACUGCAGCCAAACAGCUAGCACAAGUACUUCUCCAUUCCCUCAGUGAAGACUGUUACUGGAGCCCUUUAUCUGAUCCGCUUCCUGAGUUCAUGAACAAGGAAGAUCAGUCUUACGUUAGCAAUCUUCUUUGUCGGAGGCCUGAGCUGUACACAGAAGAGAAUGCAUACUGCCCUCAAGACAACGUAGAAGAGGCUCUUCUUCUCCUCUUAAUCAGUGAAUCCAUGGCAAACCGGGAUGCAGUGAUCAGCCGAGCCCCAGACCAGCAGGAUGACCGAGCUGUCAGCCUCCGGGAUGCUUCUGCAGUCUACGACCUCCUCAGUAUCACGCUGGGCAGAAGAGGGCAGUAUGUCAUGCUUUCUGAGUGCUUGGAGAGAGCCAUGAAGUUUGCGUUUGAUGAAUUUCACCUCUGGUACCAGCUUGCCCUGUCCAUGGUGGCUUGUGGAAAGUCAGCAUAUGCUGUGUCAGUGCUCAAAGAGUGUGCUAAACUGCGACCUACAGAUCCCACCGUUCCUCUUCUGGCUGCCAAGGUCUGCAUUGGGUCGCUGCACUGGCUGGAAGAAGGAGAAUACUUUGCUAAAAUGGUGAUAGACCUGGGUGAGGAUGCUGGAGAGUCCCUAGCAAAGGGUUACCUGGCACUGGGCCUGACAUACAGUCUUCAAGCUACUGAUGCUACUCUGAAGGGCGCUCAGGAUGAAUUAAACAAGAAAGCACUUCAGACUUUAGAAAGAGCACGUGACUUGGACCCAGAAGAUCACCAAAUCAUCCUCUACCUAUCACUGCAGCUGGCUCUUGUCAGACAGAUUUCCGAUGCUAUAGAACAUCUUCAAGAAGCACUGCAGCUGUGCAAAGAUGACAUGAAUUCACUUCAUCUACUGGCCCUCCUCUUUUCAGCUCAGAAGCACUAUCAGCAUGCACUGGAUGUUAUCAACAUGGCUGUUGUUGAAUACCCAGAAAGCUUUAGGUAA